AUGCUGCCCGGAGGGGUCACGGGAAACCGCCUCUCCCUCACCGCCCCGUCCCGACGCAACCCCUAUCUGGUGCGCCCAUGUUCCCUCUUCACAAGACCAACGACUCUACCCGAUCACCAACGAAGCGGACGAAAUCGACCGACGGCGGCCCUGUCGAUGGCUAUGCAGCAACAAACACUCCCGCGGCCCAGCAAGUUGGAGCAGGAGGGAGGACCAGAGGAGGCUACGGGCUGGCUGGUCGGGCGACGGAUCAUCUGUCACCUGAUAGUGCGGGCCGCACUGACUUCCAAAACGGCAGUAAACCAAUGGCAUCGCUACGGCACGGAGACUUUGUUGGGGCUUCCCGGACCCGAUGACGGAGGGGGAGUCUCAGACGCAGGAGGGGGCAACUCUGAUCUUUUUCUCUUUUCUUUUACCGGUCACCCUACUUCCCCCCAUGUCCUCGUCCGCGAACCGCCCCGAUCCGCCCCGAUCCGCCCCGAUCCGCCCCGAUCCGCUCCGCGGUGGGUCCCCCGGCCACGGCCGCGCCACGGACUUUGGAUCGACAUCGAGAUCAGCGUCGUGAGAUGGCAGAACAAAUAA